UUGAAGUCUAUCCUCUCUCUCUCCGUAAGUUCAACACUCAUAUCCUCCAGGCAAAAAGUCAGGCGGGCGUGAGCAGCUCCGUCGCAGCCAGACGUCAAGAAAUCAUGGUGAGGACGACCACCAGAGAAGAGGAAGAAGCAGCGGCGGCGGCGGCUGAAGUAACCGACCAGGAGAACAACAAGACGGCGGCGGGGAAGUGCAGUUGGGCGGCGCCAGUAGUGGCGAUGGUGGCGGUGCAGGUGAUGUUCGCCGGGUCGCAGAUCUUGACGAAGCUGGCGAUAAACGAGGGGAUGCUGGUGUUGGCGAUCCUUACUUAUCGCCAUAUCGUUGCCGCUCUUUGCAUUGCCCCAUUGGCUUUCCUCCUUGAUCGCCGGAAAAUUGGGGAGAACUUAACCCCAAAUGUUUGUCUAUGGACAUUUAUUACGGCUCUCACCGGGAUAACAUUGGGGAUGGGAUUAUUCUACUAUGGUCUCAAGGAUACAAGUGCAACUUAUGCCACUAACUUUAGCAAUCUAAUCCCAAUUGUCACAUUCUUUCUUUCUAUUCUUGUCCGAAUGGAAAGCUUGAAGUUGGGCACUCGGUGGGGACAAUUAAAAAUAAUAGGUGCAUUCCUCUGUGUUGGAGGAGCUCUGGUUAUUAGUCUCUACAAGGGGGUUUCUUUAUCCUCCUUUCAUCAUAAAACUUUGACCACUGUGGUUUUACACAAAACAAAUCAACAUAUGACACGUGGCACCGUUCUACUGGUCGCUAGUUGCCUUGGUUAUGCUGUGUGGUUCAUAUCCCAGGCACAAUUGUUAAAGGUGCUGCCAUCGAAGAAUUUGGGAAAUUUGCUAACGUGCGUGAUGGCAUCAAUACAAACAGCAAUACUGGGGAUAUGUUUGGAUAGAAGUGGGAAUUCAUGGAGUUUGGGUUGGAAUGUGAAGUUAAUGAAUGUGCUCUUCUCGGGAGCAUUUGCAUCUGCGGCGUCAUUCUAUUUGAUAAUAUGGGCCGUUGAGAAGAAGGGGCCGUCCUAUCCCUCCAUGUUUGAUCCACUCUCAGUUGUGUUUGUUGCUAUUAUUGAAGCCAUCUUCUUUGGUGAGGAUUUCACUCUUGGAAUCUUGUUAGGAAUGAUCCUCAUGAUUGCUGGACUAUAUAGUUACUUGUGGGGGAAGAGAGGGGAGUCAGAGAGCAAUUCAACUGCUGAAAUCUCAACACUGGAUGUUGACAAGGAAGUUGUAGUUCCUGUGACAAGUCAUGAAGUUUGACAGUUGUAAAUUCUUCAAACAAUAAGAUUUCUUAUUCAAUUGUGAUUAUUUGAGUAGUUAGAGUUUGUGGUGUAAAAAACAACAAAUUUAAAGUUAGGGAUUAGAACUCUCAAUACCACCAUCACAACAAACGUGAGAUGAUGACACCAGAUAAAGGAUGAAAAUAUACAAUGAGAACAAAAUUUACCACAAAAU